GGCGCACGCAGCUCAGUUAGCGAAAAAGGAAUCGAUUUUUUGUGUUUGUGAAAAAUGGACGUGUUUGAAUCGGGCGAUGCUGAUUCCAGCCAGUCGGUGGUGCUGAUGAAAACCAUCCAGAUGAUGCAGCACCCGGCCUACGAGAAUCCGUACGAGUGGUCGACGAACGACUUCGAGCUGGGCCGGCCGCUUGGCCGUGGCAAAUUCGGACGCGUCUAUCUGGCCCGGGAACGCGAAUCUGGCUACAUGGUGGCCAUGAAGGUGAUGUUCAAGUCGCAGCUCACCAAAUGGAACGUGGAGAAGCAGCUGCUGCGCGAGAUCGAGAUCCAGUCGCGCCUGAAACAUCCGCACAUUCUGCGGUUGUUGACCUGGUUCCAUGACGACCGGCGGAUCUAUCUGGCGCUUGAGCUGGCGGCGCAGGGCGAGCUGUACAAGCACCUGAAGGCGGCCCCGAAAGGCAGGUUCGAUGAGAUUCGCUCGGCACGGUACAUCGCGCAAGUGGCCGAUGCGCUCAACUAUUGCCAUGCGCACAACGUUAUCCAUCGCGAUCUGAAGCCGGAGAACAUCCUGCUCACCGAUGACGACAACAUUAAGCUGGCCGACUUCGGGUGGUCCGCGCACACAAACUCGAACAAGCGCAAGACGAUGUGCGGAACGCUGGACUAUCUGCCCCCGGAGAUGGUCGAUGGUAAGAUGUACGACGAUUCCGUGGAUCAGUGGUGCCUGGGUAUUCUGUGCUACGAGUUCCUGGUCGGCAGUCCACCGUUCGAGUCACCAAACACACAAAACACGUACGACAAGAUCCGGCGUCUGGAGAUCACUUAUCCGCGGUACAUGAGCCCUGGGGCGGUUGAUCUGGUGUCGAAGUUGCUGCGCAUUCCCAGCAGCUCUCGGAUCACACUACGUCACGUUAUGAACCAUCCUUGGGUUUUGCAGAUGCGUAACGAAGGACAACUGCGGCAGGGCGGUUCUAAUUUAUAAUCACGAACGCGUAUCAGUUAGCAGUUAGUUCCCUUUAAGUGACUUUUAUCAUCAAUGUUUGUCUUGUAUUAUACAGUAUCUUGGUAAUGAAAAUAUGUUUCAAUGAUGUUUCGCAAUA